CCAGCCAGUCCCUUUUGCCCGGGCUUGCUUUCAGGUGUAAAUCCUUUCGCAGGUCUGUAAAUUGUUGUGAAGGAAAAAAAAAAAGGAAAAGUUAUGAUGUCAGAGAAAGCCCGGAUUUUGAUUAAAGGAGGUAAGGUGGUGAAUGAGGAUCGCUCCGAGCUGGCAGAUGUGUUUAUAGAGGAUGGAAUGAUCCAGGCGGUGGGUUUAGACCUGCAGGUGCAGGAGAGCGGGACUCGGGUGCUGGACGCCAGGGGGAAACUGCUGCUGCCCGGAGGAAUAGACACACACACACAUAUGGAGCUGGAGUUCAUGGGCACUGUGACGGUGGAUGAUUUCCGCUCAGGUACCAAGGCCGCAGUAGCCGGAGGAACCACCAUGAUCCUGGAUUUUGUCCUUCCUCGAAAAGGAACAUCUCUGCUUGAGGCGUAUGACAAAUGGAGGAGGAUCGCUGACGCAAAAGUGUGCUGUGACUAUUCCCUCCAUGUCGCUGUUACCUGGUGGGAUCAUACUGUGAAACAGGAAAUGGAAACUCUUGUACGAGAGAAAGGAGUAAACUCUUUCAAGACGUUUAUGGCGUAUAAAGAUGUGUUCAUGCUGCGUGACGAUGAGCUCUAUGCAGUUUUCUCUCACUGUAAAGACAUUGGAGCCAUCGCACAAGUCCAUGCUGAGAACGGAGAUCUGAUUGCAGAGGGGACUAAGAGAAUGCUGUCUUUGGGAAUCACAGGACCCGAGGGUCAUGAACUCUGUCGCCCUGAGGAGGUGGAAUCAGAGGCCACUCAACGUGCCAUCACCAUCGCCCACAGUGCCAACUGCCCUCUGUAUGUGGUGCAUGUCAUGAGCAAAUCAGCUGCUAAAGUGGUGGCUGCUGCUCGCAGGAACGGGCGAGUGGUGUUUGGCGAACCCAUAGCUGCUGGCCUGGGUACUGAUGGCACUCAUUACUGGCACAAGGACUGGGCACAUGCAGCAAGCUUUGUUAUGGGACCCCCGCUAAGACCGGACCCCAGUACACCGAGCUACCUCAUGGAUCUGCUUGCUAAUGAUGAUCUGACUGUAACUGGAACUGAUCACUGCACAUUCUCAAUAUGCCAGAAAGCAAUGGGCAAAGACGACUUCACUAGAAUCCCUAAUGGUGUUAACGGCGUGGAGGAUCGCAUGUCUGUCAUCUGGGAGAAAGGCGUGCAUAGCGGCAAAAUGGAUGAAAAUCGAUUUGUGGCGGUCACCAGCAGCAACGCAGCCAAAAUCUUCAACCUUUAUCCACAGAAAGGGAGGAUUGCUAAAGGCUCAGAUGCAGACCUGGUUAUUUGGGAUCCAAAUGCUACCAGGGUGAUUUCAGCAAAGACCCACCACCAGUCAGUGGAUUAUAACAUCUUUGAAGGGAUGGAGUGCCACGGUGUUCCACUAGUGACCAUCUCCGGAGGCAGAGUGGCGUACGAAAAUGGCCGUGUUUUGGCUGAACCUGGGAUGGGAAGAUUUAUUCCAAGAAACCCCUACUCUGACUUUGUGUACAAGAGAAUAAAACAAAGGGAUCAGAUUAAAAAACCCAGUCCAGUGGUCAGGACGCCCUAUCAAGGAGAAAUCAGAGUUUAAAGAAAAACACCGGCGCAAAUUUGUAAUGUCAAUUAAUUAGCCUUGAUUUCUUUAAGGAUUUUAAAGUUGGGGUACAGUACUGUAUAAAAGUCUUAGGUUGUGUCCCAAAUGAUAUAUACCUGUAUGCACUUACAUCGAUAUUUUUUGUAUCUAUACAUCCUGUUUAGAAUGAGGUACUGAAACUGUGUACGUCAUUUUCCCAAAGAUAUGGUGUGAGAAAUCAAAUUCUUUUUAUAUUUGUUGGCCUUCAUCAAUCUAUUUUCAGCAGAUCCCCUACAGCACUGGCUGAAAUACACAUUUCAAAUUACACACACACACACACACACUAUGAAUCACCGCCAUGAUUCACAGAAACCUACAGACAUGCAUCUGUGUGUUUACUUGCUCCUGAGAAAAACAUCUCAAAUAUUGGACCCAUUGCUCCAUAAGACUUUCUGCUACUGGUUGUUUCAGGGUGAUUUUUAGUUUCUUACUUUGUCUUAUAAAUAAAAACGCUUUGCUGCAACACAUGCAAUAACAGUAUUCCUCAUUGAUUUUAGUGCCAAGUGUGUGUGCCAAAUACUGAGCAAGCGUUUGCCUACAGUAUAUUUCUUCUUGUCCCUUUGGGAAAUGGCCUUACUGUGGAUGCAGAAAGUUUGGGCUCAUUUGCUGCAUUUUCUGUAUUCAGCUUGGUCAGUGUCUUCAGAUCUAUUUUAUUUAUCAUGUGGAGCAGGCUAAGCAGGCUAGCACGCUAACCCUCAAGGUGUUCAUCUGAUUUGAAAUUUGUUGUUGAUUGUACUAACGUUGAUUAGGAUAUACUUCAGUGUAAUAUAGUAAUUCAAAAAUUUCUAAAAAUCGCUGUCACAGUGGAAAGGCUUAGAUGGAUAUGAGUGCAGUUAAAGGUAGGGUCUCCGUUGUUUGAGAAAUGCUUCAGAAAACUGAGUCGGGCCGACAAACAAAACAAAUACAAAACAAACGUGUAGCCAAUGAGCAGAAAGGGGCGUGUUUUGUCAAUAUGGGCGGAGAGAGUGUUCAGUGCGCAUGUGUGACAUUAGCAGAAAGCGGUUUUAACAUUGACAUGGAGGAUAAAAACAAAGAAAGAAAGCAAAGAAAGACUUACGAUAAGGCAAGAAGUAGGACCGUGUUAAUAUAGGAUCAGCUUUCCAGCGCUGGAGAGAAAUGAAGGAGCGGGAAGGCCUGCAAUGGGACGCCGAUGUAGCUUUUUUCCUUCUCGAUAGGUGAGUAACGUUGGUUUUGCUUUGUUUCACAGAACUAAUAUAUGCCGUCCUUUGCAUGAUUAUGCUUUGGUGUCAUUUUUGCUUGUUUGUUUAUCUGCAAUCGUAUUGUUCUUCCCUUCAGCUACAGUAUGAUAAAGACACAUUUCUUUCCAUUAGUUGACUGGGUUGCGUAUGUAUGUGUUGGGCGGCGCUAUCAAUACAGGGGUGGGGCCCAUUUGGGUUAGGGGUGUGUUUGUUUUGGUGAUUUCAAAUGUCAACAUUGGCUUUCAAGCAACGGAGACCCCACCUUUAAUGUUUAAUUUCAAAAACAGAGGUUUUUGCAGACUUUCAGAUGCUCAGCAAGCAUAUUGUAGCAAUUAGCAAAACACAACAUGCAGAGAAAAUAAAAAAAGAGUAAGCAGCGCUGAGCAUUUACUUAGCAAAGUUUGUGAAUGAAUGUCUCUUUUAAACUGUGUGUGUGUGUGUGUGUGUGUGUGUGUGUAUGUGUGUGUGUGUGUGUGUGUGUGCGUGUGUAAUUAGCAACAGGUGUGUGAUUAGAACUAUGGAGAUUUCAUGCUGGCCAUAUUAGUUAGCCGUGGUGCAUUCUGGGAACUUGAGUUCAAACCUGAAAUUUACCUGAUUAUUACUUUUAUAAAUACUCAGUACAAUUCAGCCAUACAUUUUUGGAUGACCUCUGACUUUUGCACAGUUCAAAAGUCUCAUAAUAUUGAAAAAUAAAAAACUAUCAGAGAUACAUCUUUAAUAGAAAAGCUUAUAACAUAAAUAUAAAACCUUGUUAAAAUGUGCCUUAAUUUUUUCUUUUAAGCAAAGAACAAGACACACAAGAAAGAAAAUAUUUUGUAGGACGUUACAGAUUGACAGAGUUUUCGUACCUGACCUACUUUCAAGUUUUCAAGAGAGCUGAAUAUACGAUGCUACGUGCCAGUUACCUGAAAUUGAAAAUGUGAAAACUCUCUAGCCUUGUAAAUAAAAAGGAUGAGUGAAGUAAAAGUGGGUCACGAUAUUCAAGUGUAGCCUGAUCAAGCGGUUAGAAAACAUCUAUUGACGGUGAAAUCUGUUUACACUCAAAUCUACUGACAGCAGAUUUGAUAGUGAGGCUAAAGGUUUUGAGUUUGUGUAUAGAUUAAUUAUAUAUUACUAACGUAUAUGGAUAUUUAUUUGUAGUGUCUUAUAAAUUAAGCACAAUUCUAUCCGAGCUUAUGUAUGAGUGAGUAGGAGAAUUGGGAUUCUUCAGUCUUAGGCUUUAAACUUGCAGAUUUCUGUCACAAUAACAGAACAUUAACUAAACUACUGUACCACAUUUUUAGCUUGAAGAUCUUUUACCAAUAUUUUAUCUUUUUGGAAGUAAAAACUUUUUUUAAUCAAUACUUCAUUUGGAUAGCAUUAAUAGUUUCUACUAUAUAAGCAACAUUAAUAUAGUCAUUUUCUGUAAUGGAAUGAAAUAUUUUGCUAAUAAACACAAUU